AUGAUAUCAUACAGCAAAAAAUUAGUCGAAAAAAUGUUGACAAGUUUUGAAAAACUACAAUUAUUGAUUCAAUUAUUAUUUUAUUAUUAUAUCCAUUUACAGAAUUUCUUGUAUUGUACACAUUCAAUUUAUCCAAUUGUUCAUAAAUCUAAUCAAGACAUUAAUCAUAAUCAUAGUGAUGUUACAUCAAUACAACAUGAUUCAUCUAAUCUAUUUCGUUUAAUUGAAGAAUCACCAAAUGGAACAGAAAUUAUCGGUGUAUCAAAAUAUUUACAUCAAUAUAUUCUUUAUAAUUUACAAUUUUUAUUUAAUGAAAAUAUAAAUUAUAAUCAAUUACAUGAUUUAAAUAAAUUUCAAUUUAAUUUUCAAUUACUUGAUAUACAUGAUCCAUUAACAAAUGCAUUAGAUUUAGAAUCAAUAACUGGUAAAUUAAUAAUCAGAAAACGUAUUGAUCGUGAAUCAAUUUGUAAUAAUAAUAAUAAUAAUAAUAAUAUACUACCUGUAGGUAGUAGUAGUAGUAGUAGUUCAAGGUUUCCAAUCAACGGUAGACCACCAAUAUUUUUACAGAAUACAUUCGAUACUACUUCUACUACUACUACUAAAUACUUAACUAAUUUAGGCUAUUUUUCAAAUCCUAUGCAUAUAUUAUCAAAUAAUUUAAACAAAAGAUGUAUUAAAACAUUGUAUAUCUUGUCAACAACACAAUUAUUAGAACAAAAUCAAGUUGAUAUCAAAAAGAUACCUAUUGAUUUAUUGAUUAUUGAUAUUAAUGAUAAUAGUCCAACAUGGAUAUCAAUUAAUAAUGGUAUAAAUUAUCCAAAUAAUAAUAAUAAUAAUAGUUAUAUGAUCAAUUUACCAACUAUUGUUAUACAAUUAUCAGAAGUAUCAAAUGAUCAGGUCAAAAUGAUUCCUACUUCAGGAAUUUAUCCUGAUAUACAACAAUAUCAACAGAAAGAACAAUCAUUAUUACGUAGUAGUAAUUUACCACGUGCUUAUGAUCCUGAUGAAGGAGUUAAUAGUCAACUUACCUAUCAUUUACAAUCAAUCAAUAAAAAAUCAAUUAAUUUUAUCGAUAAUAAUAAUAAUAAUAAUGCUAAUGAUCAGUUUAUUCCAUUUAUUCUAGAAGAUAAGCCUAAUGGAGAUUUAAAAUUGAUUUCAACAGUGAAUUUAGAUUAUGAAGAAAAACAAUUCUAUGAAUUUUAUUUACUAGCUACAGAUUCUGGUUUACCUCAAAGAACUGGUACUGCUUUAAUAAAAGUUCAUAUAAUCGAUGUAAAUGAUCAUUCACCUAUUUUUAAUCAAUCUAUAAUCUAUCCAUUUCAUGGUGCUAUCUCAGAGAAGACAAUACCUGGUACAAUUAUAUUGAAUUUAUCAGCUACUGAUAAAGAUGCUUCAUCAGUAAAUAAUCAAAUUCGAUAUUUUAUGAUUCCAGGUACAUUAGCUAUGAAUUACUUCAAUGUACAAAUAGAUGGUACUAUUGUAUUGAAACGAUGGCUAGAUUAUGAAACUAUGGAAAUAAAUUCAAUGGAAAAUCAAUUAAUGUUGAAUUCAUUGGUGUCAGAUACAUCAACAACUGCACCAUUUAAUCUAAUCAAUAAUAAUAAUAAUGACAAUAAUAUCAAUCAAAAUUCCAAGAAACAAUUUAUAUUUCAGGUGAAAGCCAUUGAUUCUGCACCUCAACCAUAUGAACGUACUAGUACUGCUACGGUAAUUAUCCCUGUGAUUGAUGAAAAUGAUGAAAUACCUAUGAUUACAGUGAAAUUCCUCGCUUCAUCAGAAAUGACUAAUCAUGGUGAAACAGGUUUAGUUAAAGAAAAUGUUCAACCACCAAUUCAAUUAGCCUAUGUACAAGUUAGAGAUCCUGAUUUCAAUGGAAAUGAUGAAGUCAUGUGUACAUUAACAGAUACAAUAAAUUUCUCUUUAAAAUCUAUUCAUUCCGCAGAACAAUAUAAUCAUAAUAAUCCUAUUCAUGAAAUUAAUAAUCGUUUACAACUUCAAUCUUCUCUUACAUCUUCAAUAUCUUUACAAUUAAAAAAUGAUUAUAUAUUAAAUUUAAUUACAAAACCAGAUCGUGAACAAAAUCCUUUAUAUUAUCUUCGUAUAAAGUGUACAGAUCAAGGAUUAAAUUUCAAUGAACAAAUUAUUCGUAUACGUGUUCUUGAUAUGAAUGAUGAACAGCCAAAAUUUCAAAAAUCAAUUUAUCGAUUUAAUCUACCAGAGAAUAGUGAUAAAGAAGUGAAAAUAAUCAAUAAUGAAGGAUAUUAUCAACAAAAUAAUAAAAUGAGAAAUAUAUAUGAGAUGAAGAAUGAAUCAUCUUCAAAUAAAAGUAUAAAACAAGCUAAAGAAUAUAAUGAUCAUUAUGAAUAUCUUAUUGGUCGUGUAAUGGCAGAAGAUAAUGAUCAAGGUGAAAAUGCACGUAUAGAAUAUUAUUUAGAUGAAUAUUUUUUAGAGAUAAAACCAUCAGAUAGUUCAAUUCUAUCCUCUGCUUAUCUAUUAACAACAAAUAAACAAACUGUUUUAAAUGAUGAAAAUAUUUUCAUUUAUCAUAAUCGUGAAAUGAUUAAAGUUGAUCAACUUUUUCGUAUUGAUUCACAAACUGGUAUAUUAUAUGCAUUAAAAAAAUUUGAUGUAGAAAAUGUUGAUCUAUUUCGUUUUAAUGUUUAUGCAUUAGAUCAACCUAAUCAAUUCACAUCUAUUCGACAUACAGGAACAGCUACAAUUGAAAUUAAAAUAACUGAUGUAAAUGAUUGGCCACCAUUAUUUAUUCAAACAAAUUAUUCAAUUGACAAUAUUACAGAUACUACUGAUAAUACUGUUAGUAGUUUAAUCAGUAGUAAUAAUAUUGGUAAUGUUCAUAAAAAUGUAAAUAUUACCUCUAUCCUUGAAAAUGAAUUGAAUUUUGUAACAAAUUAUAUUUUUUAUGUAAAAGAGAAUAGACCAGCUUAUUGGUUAAUUGGACGUAUAAUAGCGAUUGAUUUAGAUGUAGAAAGUAAAACUAUGACUCAUAAUUUGUUAAAAAAACUGUCUUCAUCAUCUUCUACAUCGUCGAAAUCUUCAUUCACUUCAUCAUCAUCAUCAUCAUCAUCAUAUAUUACAUUAAAAAUAGCAAAUGAUUCACCAAUUGAAAUACGUCGAACAUUUAAUUUACACGCUACUCAAGGUUAUUUAAGAACAUCAAUUUCAUUGGAUCGUGAAAAACAAAAUAAUUAUGUAUUCAAUGUAAUUGCUUAUGAUGGGAAUCCAUCAAUUUUGACAUCAAAGACAUCAACAGCCACAGUGACUGUAGUCGUGGAGGAUGAGAAUGAUAAUGAUCCUGUUUUCAUCAGACCUACUACUACGAUAUCGUCACCGUCAACUGGAACAUUUUCAUCAUCAUCAUCAUCAUCAUCGGCAGUGCUGCCUCAAACAAAUUUACACUUUCUUCAAAAUAAUCAAUUUAUCAAUGAUAUUCAACAGCCUAUGAUCAAUUAUGAGAAAGAAAUCAAUAUGAUAGGCAAACAACAAAAUAAUCAUGAUAACAAUAUAAAAAUUAAUUGGCCCACCUCUUAUAACCCAGAGGAUGGUAAUAAAAAGAAAAGAUUGAAAGAAAUCAAUCCAGAUAAUAGUGAAAUGAUGAAAUUAUCAAAUGCACAAAUUAAUCAUAAUAAUAAAAUGAAUAUACCAGUUGUAUUAGUGCAUAGAAGGGAGAAAAAUAUUGAUUUCACUAAAACUGAAGGUGAAGCAUCGGGCAUAGGUGAAUCAAGGCCAUUGCUUCAAAUUGAGGCUACAGAUGCUGAUAUUGAUGAGAAUGGUAGAAUUAUUUACGAAAUCAGUGCUGGGAAUACAGAUAAUCUAUUUGUUAUCAACUCAGACACUGGUAUUCUUUCUCUAUCCCCUAAUGUCUAUUCAUCACCAACUCAUCAAUUUAUUGAAUCGUCAUCAGCUAAUGCAACAUGA